UGAAAUUGAGUGGAGUUUUUCACAUACCUAAUGGAGACUUGACUGCAGUCAAUACUACAUUGAAUCAAUUUGCGGCCAACAACAGUGAUUUGGAUUUUCGAAAUACAAAUAUUUUUGUCGUCCCGUCAUUUUACUACUACUUUGCAAUUGUUUUAGAACCGAGUAAUCCGACUGGUUAUAAUGUUUUACUUAGCUCACGACUUAUUCCCGAAAGUAUUGUUCACAAUGAACCGGAUAAAGUUGCUGAAGUAUUUAUUCAAGCAAAAGGUCAAACUGCAAUGGGAUCGAAUCUUCUUGGGCAUUUAGUAGCUGGUGGACAAGUAUCUAAUAUAUCAAAUUCUAAUAAUAGCGUUAAUCCAGGAUGGCGUACUGCUCUUCUUCAUAUGGUCUAUUCUCAGGGUUGGUUAGAUACAACAUCUGAGGCUGAUGAAAACUACCUAGCUCAACAAGUCUCAAAUCGAGCAGAAAUUUUGAACCGAUUAUCGAUUAGUUCGCAGGGAAGUUGCUACCUAAAUGAAGCUGAUCCGAAUGAAAUGGAUUGGCAAGUUAAGUUUUUCGGUACAAGAGCCAUUUACGAUCGACUCAAAUCAAUCAAACAAAACAUUGAUCCAGAUGGAUUAUUUGUUUGUCCAAAUUGUGUCGGUAGUGAUGAUUGGACAUCAGAUCUCAAUUGCCCGAAGACAUCAAGCUCCUGGAUACUUCAUUUAACAAUAUUUCUCUUAGUAAUAGAAAUUGUUGCAAUAUUAUCAUAA